UUACGUUUUCACUCGCGAUAUCGUACUUUUGGUUCGUCGUGUACUCGUGUGGAAGGCGGCUGCCUGCUCCCGCGGUCUCUUCCGUCUCGGAGGUGGGAGAGAGCGAUCAGCGGCGUCGCCGGGUGGAUCCAAAGCGCGCGAGAAAAUGCAGGGCGGAUCCAGCGGCAUCGUGUAUGGUGGCCUCAAGUACCAGGCGCGGUGUAUCGCCGACAUACGCGCGGACGCCGGCUCGACCACCUUCCUCGCCGGCACCCUCAGCCUCAAGGAGGAGAACGAGGUGCACCUGAUCCGGUUUUCGCCGGCGGAGAGCGAGCUGGUGUGCGAUGGCCUCUUCUACCACCCCAACGAGAUUUGGGACCUCAAAUCAUGCCCCUUCGAUCACAGGGUUUUCUCCACAGUCUACACGUCUGGUGAGGGCUAUGGUGCAUCAGUUUGGAAGAUCCCGGAGCUCAAUGGGCAAUCAAACUCACCACAACUUGAGCAGCUCUUUGAGCUUAGUGGGCAUACGGGCAAGAUUAGACGUGUGAUCUGGUGGCCACUUGGAAAGCAUGAUAAACUAAUUAGCAUUGAUGACCGAAAUAUUUUUCUUUGGAACAUAGACACGUCAAAAAAAAUAGCUAAGGUGAUCUCACAGGGAUCAACUGACAUGCUUCCAAAUUUACGUGGUGGAGCUUGGGAUCCACACAAUCAUAAUUUAGUUGCUGCAAUAUCUGAUUCAUCACUUCAGCUGUGGGAUCUACGUUCUAUGGAAAAAUCAACUGCAAUUGAACAUGCACAUAUACGGGAUGUGGAUUAUAACCCCAAGAAGCAAAACAUUGUUGCAACAGCAGAAGAGGAAUUUGGAAUUCGCUUGUGGGAUCUCAGAAUGCUUAAGUAUCCUCUAAAAGAUCUCCCUGGGCACUCACAUUGGACAUGGGCUGUUCGGCACAAUCCUGCGUAUGAUGAGCUCCUUCUGAGUGCUGGAACAGAUUCAACUGUAAAUUUAUGGUUGGCUAAAGUUAGCAGUGACGAUCCUGAAUCUGAUAGCCCUUCUGCUUUAUCCAAUAGGCAAGAAGUACCAUUACUCAACUCAUAUACUGACUAUGAAGACAGCAUCUAUGGUAUUGCAUGGAGCUCCCAUGAUCCAUCAUUAUUCGCUUCUUUGUCAUAUGAUGGAAGGGUUGUCUUGGAAUCAGUCAAGCCCUACUUGCAGAGAAAAUGAACCUUGUCUAGUUUUCUAAAUUGUAAGCUGAGUAGCUUUGCCUUGCCAUUCUGUAGCCUCUUAACAAGCAUUUAUGUGAUGAUUCGGUUUACUGUUGUAGCAAUGGCAGAAAAAUGGAUAACAAGAUUGUUACAGAAAUCAAUUUUUAGGAUGUUGUAUAUUUGAAGUGUCCAUGAAAAGGUCUUGUGUUAUAUGAUGAGGUGGGGUUGAACUCAAUUUGUAAAACCGUUCAGAAUUUCAGAUUAGUAGGAUUAGUUUUUUUUUUUUACUUUUCUGUUUCGCAUUCAGAAUUUCGUUCUUUGCAGGUAGAAUUGAGCAAAUUUGGUAAACCAUUCAGAUUAACGAGAAUAAGUUAUUUUAUGAACUAUCAUGUUAUGUAUUCAA